GCCGCGCGGGGCACGGCGCGGCGUGGCCCAGAGCGCCCUCCAGCUCAUCUCGGCGCCAGGGCUCCCGCAGCCCGCUGGUGAACUGGUACCUGCACGAGAUCGGCCAGGCGUUCGAGAUGGUCGACGCCGGCUCGGUGGACCGCUCGUCUCCAGGCUUUCCGAACCCUUUCGGUCAGAUCCCUGCGCUCCAGGACGGGGAUGUCAAGAUCUUCGAGUCUGGUGCCAUCCUGAUCUACCUCGCGCACAAGUACGGUGGGCUCGACUCCCCCGAGCUGCUGGCCGCUGUGACCAAGUGGAUCGUCUGGUCGAACGCCUCCCUGGACCCCGUGGUCUUCAUAGAGAACGAGCAGGGGCAAGUUCUGGACACUGGCCUCAGGGGCAGCCCGAAGCAGAUAAACCGCCUCGAGCAGCUGCUCGAGGGCAAGAAAUGGAUCCUCGGCGACGAGUUCUCCGUGGCCGACGUGGCCAUUGCGUCCUACCUGCUGUACGGCGUGAUGUUCUUCCCCGACGUGAACAUUGGCAAGUGGCCCAACAUUGCAAGGUACAUGGCGGCAGCUGCGCAGCGCCCUGCCUACGCGAGGGCGUUCGGGGAGAGGACCGCCCAGAUGCUGGCGGUGAAGUGCCAGGAGGCCCCCAAGGACGACAAGCUCUUCGGCAUCUUCUGA